UGUUUUCUGAGUUCGGGGCGAGAUCACUUUAUCGAAAUGAUGAGUCCAUGUAUCCUAGUUCUGCUAUGUGUUUCACUAGCCCACGCAAUAACAGAGGGAGAUAUAUCUUUGGGGGUAGAGAGGAACUGGAUCGCAUCCAUAGAAUAUAAACUAGAUUCUGAGACCAAUACAUGUGCUGGUGUUCUCCUGAACCAAAGAUGGAUUGCAACUUCAGCAAGAUGUAUGGAUGCAUUUUCUAUAACUGAAGCUGGGGAUUGGCAAGUAACUCUUGGAAUUCGUGAUCUAAAUGAUGAAACUGAUGUACAGAAGAGUAACAUUGAUACUGUAGUUGUCAAUCCUGACUACAACAGCAACACUUUAGUUGGUAAUGUUGCUCUGAUCCGCAUGCAAGAAGACGCAAAAUUCGAAAACACCUUAAUAGGUAUAAUUGAAAUGGCUUCAGAUGCGAAUGCAUUCCCCGACGGUACACCCUGUUGGGUGCAAGGAUGGGGAAAAUUAGGCUGGAGUGAGCUAGAUGUCCCGUGGCCUUUACUACAAGAAGCAAAUGUUCAUGUCAUGGAAAACACAGUCUGCUCUCAGUAUUGGCCAAAUAACAAUUCCUCUGGCGGCAUAGCAGCUACAGAUAUCUGUACGGGAAGCAGGGCAGGGGCUUACCCACCUCAUGUAACACCCUUCCCAUCUCUAUGUGGAUUGUGGGACGAAGGUGCGCCGCUGUCGUGUCAAAUUGGUGGAAGUUGGCAGCUUGCAGGACUAGGUAGUUGGCAUGGCCAGAGGUGUGGAAUUGACAACCCACCCGUAUAUACCAGGAUCUCCUCUUACAGAAGCUGGAUCAACUCAGUUAUCAGUCUUGGAUAAUUGUACCUAUUCUCAAAAGUGCCAUCCACCUGCUAUGGUCAUGCAAAUAAAUCAGCGAAACCCAAUCUAUUACUAUCAAAAAUGCAUAUCACGUGCUUUUCAGAAAAUCAAUAACAAUAAUUAUCCAUAGUGUAAUUAUUGUAUAAUAUUCUCUAAUAAUAAUAGAACAAUUUAUUAUAGAAUAAUG